UCCAGCUCUCAGAACAUCCUGAGAUUGCAGAAACACAUCAGGAAGUCAUGUUCUGAUGCUUUCCCUUUUGCUUUCACCGAGCCAGGCUGGCAUUCAGCUCCUGCCAUGAAGCUUCUGAACGUGGCUGGAGUCUUCGCUCUGGUGCCCACUUUGGUGUCAGCUCUGGAGCCCAUCACCACCUCACUUGCUUUCUGCGGGGCAGCUGUCAUGUGGCAGCUCUUCUCCCCUGCCUCCUGGCUCAAGUGCCGCUUCCUGGAGUGCUGCAAUAUGAAGGACACCCUGGACAUCCCAGCCCUGCAGAUGGCUUUGGAACAGAAAGUCUUUGGGCAGCACCUCGCCACCCAGGUGGUUCUGAAAGCACUGAGCGCGCACUCCAGAGAUAAACAGCCCAGGAAGCCCCUGGUGAUGUCCUUCCAUGGCUGGACUGGCACUGGCAAGACCUUUGUCAGCAAGAUCAUUGCACAGAACCUGUACCAGCGUCACGAAGCAAGGAGGAGGUUCGUCCAUCAGUAUGACGCAGUCUUGCAUUUCCCACACGCUGAACAUAUAAAGCAGUAUAAGGAACAGCUGCAGAACUGGAUUCGAGGGAAUGUCAGCGUCUGUCCAAGGUCACUUUUCAUUUUUUCUGAAAUGGACCAGAUGCCGCCUGGUCUGAUUGACUCCAUCAUGCCAUACCUCAGUCAUCGCGAGGCUAUCAAUGGCGUCUACUACGGCAAGGCCAUCUUCCUCUUCCUGAAUAAUGCAGGAGGGGAUAAGAUAACAGAGGUGGCGCUCGAUCACUGGAGGAGGCAGAAGGGAAGAGAAGAAAUUCCCCUGACGGACCUGCAGUCUAUGCUAUCUGCCGAGAUUUUCAAUAACAGGAACAGUGGUUUUUGGAAUAGCAAGCUGAUCCAGAAGAACCUAGUGGAUUAUUUCAUCCCUUUCUUGCCCCUGGAAUAUAAACAUGUGAAAGAGUGCAUCCAAGAGGAGCUGCGCUACCAAGGCCACCAAGAAGACGAAGACCUCAUCAUAAAGAUUGCCUUAGCAAUGUCCGACUAUCCCAGUGAAGAAAGAAUCUACUCUAGCAAAGGUUGCAAAACUGUGGCCUCCAAGGUGAACCUGGAUACCUAGAAGGGCCAGGUGCUCAAGGACAAGGAGGAAAAGAAAGCAAGCCUCCUUCUCCUUCUUCCACCAGUAUCUUCUCAGACUGUAAGCUUGUUGGGGCAGGGAACUUCCCUUUAAUAUAUCUAAAGCCUGGAGAGAGAUGAUAACGUUCUCAUCUCAGCAUAAUACAGUACAUCCUUUCCCUACCUUAAAAACAUGCUGCUGUAAGUAAAAUAAAAUUA